AUGGUUCCUGUGAAUUUAUCUCUUAGGGUAUCCCCAGGGGGAGUAUUCACGAAGGCUAAAUGGGCCACUAGGCCUGCAGCCAGAUACUCCUCCUUCACGCCGAAAAGGCCUGUUUUGCCGCCGCUGCGGAGGGUAUCAACACACGCAUCAAAUACCACCCUCCGCGAGGCAAACAAUGCUCCAAUUGCAAUUGUCAUAGGAGCCGUCACGUCUGUCGCUGUUGGUGCCAUCUUCAUUGCGAGGAAUAGAAAAGAGAAGGCAGAGCACUUCAUUACCUUGAAAUCAAACACUGGGGUUGAUCUGUUCACCGAGACUUCAGCUGAUUAUUCUAAACUUCCCAAAGAGACCGCAGUUUUCACGACUGCACCGCAUGUCCCUCCACCGAUUACCCGAGAUUACCCCGUGCUUCUUCAGGUACUAUUAACCACUAAAACGAAAACAGCCCAGCUGUCCAGCCAGCAUAAAUAUGAGCAAUGGACCUUUAAUGGCACCGUACCCGGGCCAUUCAUACGGGCACGAGUAGGUGACGUGGUGGAGUUAACGCUGACCAACCACGACGUGACGGGAAACCCGCACAAUGUCGACUGUCAUGCAUUCACAGGGCCAGGGGGAGGUGCAGCGCUUACCACAGCCGAGGAAAAUGAGAGCAAGACAGGAUUAUUUAAAUUGUUGCAUCCUGGGCUCUAUGUGUAUCACUGCGCUGCGGCCCCAGUACCGGUACACAUUGCUAACGGUAUGUAUGGGCUCAUUUAUGUACAGCCGGAAGAUGGCGGCCUGCCCCCGGUCGAUCGAGAGUACUACGUGAUGCAGAGCGAGUUCUACCAUGAACCACCAGAGGUAUUGGAGAACGGUAAACGCUCCUCGACGGUGGAGUUCUCGUACCCUAAUGCCCUGGAAGAGAACCCAAGCCUUGUUGUUUUCAACGGAAGCGAGUCUGCAUUGACUCGAGAUCAACCUUUGAAGGCGCAGGUUGGUGAGACAGUGCGUAUAUUCUUCGGGAACGCGGGGCCAAACUUGACCAGUGCCUUUCAUGUCAUCGGCAGUAACUUUUCAAAGCUGUACCGUGACGGGGACGUGGUGAGCCCGCCCGCAAACUGGGUGUCUACCACCAGUGUUCCCCCAGGCGGUUCGACCAUCGUGGACAUGAAACUGGCUGUUCCUGGAACCUACACCAUCGUGGACCAUGCAAUCUUCCGCUUGGACAAAGGCGCCGUUGGCUACUUGAACGUUUCGGGGAAGCAACGGCCGGAUGUUUACCAAAGCACCCUCCCACCUGCCCCGUGUGUUGGGUGCAAGCUACACCCUUGA